GGGGGUCUUUUAAGCGUUGCACCAGUGACACUUCCGGUCCACAUGUAUCGCAUGUAGACGAGAGGUAAACUAACGUGUUCUUUACCGUUAUUUGUUGACAUCUCAGCAUCUGUUUGUAAACAUGAAGCUGCUCACGCACAACAUGUUGACGUCUCACGUGAAGGGAGUCAUCAAAGGAUACCCGCUGCUCAUCAAGGCAACAGAGGUGAAGGUGAAUGAGGUGGAGUUCAACCCUCAGUUCGUCAGCCGGAUGAUCCCCAAGCUGGAGUGGAGCGCUCUGGUCCAGGCCGCAGAGGGGCUGGGCCAUCGACAAGACCUGCCGCAGGAGCUGGUGCCAGAUUAUGAGAAAAACGAAGACUUCCUGAAAAAAGUGCACCGAGCACUACUAGAGGUGGAGGUGAUCGAGGGCUGCCUGCAGUGCCCUGAAUCAGGACGAGAGUUCCCGAUCUCCAAAGGGAUCCCCAACAUGUUGCUGAGCGAAGACGAGGUGUAGACCCCAAACAGCAACUCAAAUGGGACUUUGUGUUUUCAGAUAGACGCUGGACGCUGGUUUGGGUUGGUGCCAUGAGAGAACAGACCACUCUGUUCGUAGUUAUGAUGUCUAAGUGGCUGAUGCUUCCAGCAGAGGGAAAAGAUUUGAAGGAAACAGAUGGAAAUGUUCCCCAAGUUUAAACCCUCGUGGUUUUAUCUGUAUUUAUUUUUGUAACUGUUCGGGCUCUUUAUUUCUCUUUUUUCAAUAAAACUGUCCAGAUUUU